CGGGUGCAUGCCUGCGCUCGGCCAUGUCGUAUCCUCAGGGCUACUUAUACCAGCCGUCGGCGUCCCUGGCUCUCUACUCGUGCCCGGCGUACAGCACCAGCGUGAUCUCGGGACCCCGGACGGAUGAGCUGGGCCGCUCGCCCUCGGGCUCGGCCUUCUCCCCCUACGCCGGCUCCACCGCCUUCAGCGCGCCUUCGCCCGGUUACAACUCCCACCUCCAGUACGGCGCCGAUCCCGCGGCGGCCGCGGCGGCGGCUUUCUCCUCUUACGUGGGCUCGCCCUAUGACCACACGCCCGGCAUGGCGGGUUCCCUGGGCUACCACCCUUACGCGGCUCCCUUGGGAUCCUACCCCUACGGCGAUCCGGCGUACCGCAAGAACGCCACGCGGGACGCCACGGCCACGCUCAAGGCCUGGCUGAACGAGCACCGGAAGAACCCCUACCCCACCAAGGGCGAGAAGAUCAUGCUGGCCAUCAUCACCAAGAUGACCCUCACCCAGGUCUCCACCUGGUUCGCCAACGCCCGCCGGCGCCUCAAGAAGGAGAACAAGAUGACCUGGACGCCCCGGAACAGGAGUGAGGACGAAGAAGAGGAGGAGAACAUCGACCUGGAGAAGAACGACGAAGAGGAUCCUCAGAAGCUGGAGGAGAAGGGCGACCCGGAGGCCGCGGAGACAGGAGGGCUGGAGCAGAAGGGAGCGGCGCCGGGCAAAGACCCCGACGGCGCCCUGAGCGACUCGGAUUGCAAAGAAGCGUCGGAAGACGCGCCGUCGAAAGGCGCCGCCGCCGGCUGCUCGCCCCCCUUGGCGCACUGCGUGCGGGGCCGGCUGCUGCUGCAGGCGCACCCCGGGGGAGAGGAGCCCCCGGCCCCCCACCCGCUGCCCCUCCAGUACGGACCCCCUGCGGCCGAGCUGCACCCCACCCUGCCCUCCAGCAACUGCACGUCGGUCAUCCACUCGCCCCAGCCGGCGGCCCCCCAGGCGCUCUCCAAGCCCAAACUGUGGUCCUUGGCGGAGAUCGCCACGUCGGCGGACAAAGGCAAGGAGGGCGGCGGCCACGGGAGCGGCGAGGGACCCCCGCCGGUUGCCCCGGGCCUGGGGGCGUCCGGGGCCGCCCAGUCCCCGCCGUCGAGGUCCCCUUCGGCCGCCCCGUGCCCCUUCCCCGGCGGCGCCGCCGUCCUCUCCCGCCCCCUCUACUACACCGGCCCUUUUUACUCGGGUUACACGAACUACGGCUCUUUCGGACCCCUCCACAACGCCGGCGCGGCGGGCAACGGGAGCGCGCCCUUUAACGGAUUAAGCCAGACGCUUUUGACCCGGGCGGAAGCCUUGGCCAAGGAAACCAAGCUGCUCCGGAGCCAGUCGCAGCAGCUCGAACUGUGCAAAGACUCGCCUUACGAGCUGAAGAAAGGUACGUCCCAUAUUUAA